AUGGCCGAUUACUCGGCCUACCAAAGAGGUCCAGGCCACGCUUUCUACCCGCAACACGCACAAAACCAUCUGCAAUCUCGAAACCUCCCCACCCGAGUGCGCUCGCCGACCACUAGCGCCCGGAUACCCUUCAAUAACCCAGACACACCCUCCCCAUCGCGAUCCUCAGGUGCACAGUCGCCGCAGCAGCUCGGCAUGUUCAAUCAAGGCCAUGGCCACGGCAAUCAGGGCCACAACGUGAUGAUGAACGGAGGGAACAGAUACGCGAUGCAGAUGAACCUGGGCAAGCCGUUCCAGCACAAUCCCAGCCACCAGCAUCACGGCCAAGCGCACCAUCAACACCAGGACCAUGGGACUGGCGCGCAUACGAACCAGUUCAAUCACCAGCAUAACGUUUCCAGCGGAGGCAUCUCGAAUGUACAGCCUCACUUUGGUCAAAAUCAUCUGCAGAAUGGAACGCCUGGAAGUGUGCAUAGUGGGCUCAACAAACCGGUCAGCGAGCACUGGGCAGAACAAUUGAAACUAGCGCAAAUGGCUCGCGAGAUGACGCAGUCUCACUCCCAUGCGAGGAACCACCCGAGUGUCAACAAGAAUGUGAUUGCUGGAACGAACAGCGGCACCCAGAAAGAUGCGGACAAGGAGGAGCGUAACAGGCCCGCAGGGCAGAUGAUUCAGGAUGGCAGAGAGAACCACGUCUGGACUAUCCUCGACUUCGGCGGUCAGAAUUUAAAAACGUUGACCCCGACCUUGUUUCAAUACACCUUUCUCACCAAGCUCUAUCUCAACUGCAAUAAGCUCUCCAUUCUCCCUGCAGGCGUCGGAAAGCUUAGGAACCUCACUCACUUGGAUGCGUCUUUGAACGAGCUGCGAACGCUGCCUCCUGAGAUAGGAAUGCUUGUCAAUCUGAAGCAAUUGCUGGUUUUUGACAACAACAUCAACUACCUGCCUCCUGAACUUGGAUCCCUGUUUCAGCUGGAGGUGCUCGGCAUAGAUGGCAAUCCAAUUCCCAGCGAACACAAAGAGAUCAUUAUGGAAGAGAGCGGAACUUCCAAGCUCAUCGAACACUUCCGUGAAACUGCGCCAGGCCCUGAGGCUCCUAUGGAAAGAGACAUUAUCCAACUUGACGAAGUGGCCGCCGAACAAGAAACGGUGUCAGCGCUCAGCUACAACAUAUUGUGCGACAAGUACUGUACCCCGUCCCAAUACGGGUACACCGCAAGUGGAGCCUUGGACUGGGAACACCGGAGAGAGACCAUUCUGGCCGAACUCCGCGAGCGCAAUGCUGACAUACUUUGCCUUCAAGAAAUCGACCAGGAGUCCUAUAAUGACUUUUUCCGACCGGCCCUAGCGCACAACGACUACAAGGGCAUGUUUUGGACGAAGACGCGAGCAAGGACUAUGGCAGAGAAGGAUGCUAAGCUUGUCGAUGGGUGUGCCAUCUUCUACAAGCACAGCAAGUACGUGUUGUUGGAGAAACAGCUCAUCGACUUUACCAACAUUGCCAUUAAUCGUCCCGAUAUGAAGGGAGAGCAUGACAUCUUCAACCGCGUCAUGCCGCGAGACGAUAUUGCUGUUAUUGCGUUCCUUGAGAACCGGGUCACAGGUUCUAGGCUGAUUGUUGGUAACGUCCACGUCUUCUGGAACCCUGCAUUCACGGACGUCAAGAUGGUGCAAGUGGCGAUCUUGUUGGAGUCUAUUACCAAGUUAGCGAACAAGUGGGCGAAGUCGCCUCCUUGCACUGACAAGGUACUAUACCGCUUCGCGAACGGAGACGAUGAGGAAGGAAACCCAAUACCGGAUAACACGCAAACACCAGGACCAUCACUGGAAUAUUCAGACGCGGCUCAAAUACCACUUCUACUCUGCGGUGACUUCAACUCAACGCCCGAGUCCGGCAUCUACGAGUUCAUCACUUCGGGGAACAUGUCGAACCAGCAUGAAGACUUGGGUAGUCGCAACUACGGUAAUUUGACGAGGAAUGGAGUGUCGCAUCCCUUCAGCCUCAAGUCGAGCUACUCACCAAUCGGCGAGUUGAAGUUCACCAAUUAUACGCCAAACUUCACUGGCGUGCUCGACUACAUUUGGUACUCGACAAACACGUUACAGGUCGUUGAGCUUCUCGGCGACAUCGACUCAGAGUACCUCAAGCGCGUACCUGGAUUCCCCAACUACCAUUUCCCAUCGGAUCACGUUGCUCUUUUCGCCAAAUACAUAGUCAAGGGCAAAAAGGAGAAGCGGGCGGUGGUGGAGCCGGACUUUGGGCAAGGACGCGACCGCGACCGGGAACGACAACGGUAA